UGUUAGUUGAUUAGUCUUGGUCUCUUUUUUCUUUACCAAAUUGUGAUGUCACUUGCUUUGCAUUGCCUUUCUUUGAUUACUUAGAGGACUUUCAUUAUCUCAUCUCAAUUCAAUCUACCAUUUUAGAGAAGGCAAUAUCAAUUUAAUAAGGAAGAGGUUUUCUCUUGAUAUUCCUUUAUUUUUCUCUUCCUUUUUCUUUCGCGAUCUUCUUUUUCCAUCACUCUCUCUUUUCAAUCAUAUCUAUAACCUUCAACCAAGUGGAAAGAGGAAUGGAGCAGAAGUCCCGGAUCCAAGUCCCAAGAGUGAAAUUGGGUAAUCAAGGUUUGGAGGUUUCUAGAUUAGGUUUUGGAUGCGGUGGACUUUCUGGAGUAUAUAAUGCUCCUCUCUCACAUGAUGUUGGAUGUUCAAUUAUAAAGGAGGUUUUUGAUAAGGGUAUCACCUUCUUUGAUACAUCAGACAUGUACGGAGAUAAUCAUCACAAUGAAAUUAUGAUUGGCAAGGCGUUGAAGCAGCUUCCCCGGAAACAAAUUCAAUUGGCAACUAAAUUUGGCCUCACCAUGAAAAAUUUUGGUGAUUUUAUGGUCAGAGGUACCCCUGAAUAUGUGCGGGAGUGCUGCGAAGCAAGUCUCAAGCGACUUGAUGUGGACUAUAUUGAUCUAUACUAUCAGCAUCGUGUGGACAAAUCAGUGCCAAUAGAAGAUACAGUGGGAGAGCUGAAGAAGCUAGUGGAAGAGGGAAAGGUAAAAUACAUCGGGUUGUCUGAGGCUAGUGUAGACACAUUAAAGAGGGCACAUGCUGUUCAUCCUAUUACUGCUGUACAAAUGGAGUACUCUCUGUGGACUCGUGAAAUCGAAGAGGAUAUUAUUCCACUUUGUCGGGAGCUUGGUAUUGGGAUAGUGGGUUAUAGCCCUCUUGGUAAAGGGUUCUUUGGUGGGAGGGCAGUUGUGGAAAGUUUGCCUAAGGAGAGUUUGUUGACUAUGCAUCCAAGGUUUACUGGGGAGAAUUUGGAGAAGAAUAAAAUUUUGUACGGUCGGUUUGCCAACUUGGCUGCCAAACAUGCCUGCACCCCUCCUCAACUGGCUCUGGCAUGGCUUCUCCAUCAAGGAGACGAUGUGGUUCCUAUCCCUGGGACAACUAAGAUUAAGAACCUUGAUGAUAGCAUCGGAUCCCUGACAGUGAAGCUUACGCAGGAGGAUUUGAAGGAAAUUUCCGAUGCAAUUCCAAUUGAUGAAGUGACUGGAGAAAGCGAACACGUUGGCUUAUCUGAAUACCGUUAUAGAUUGGCCAACACCCCUACCAAAAUAUGAACCUUUGUACAAUGAGACAUUUUGUUUUCUGCUUUUCUGUCUCCAUGGUCACACAAUAAAUAGUUACUUGCACAAAUAAAAAAUAACAGUGUCAACCAAAUCCUCUGCAAGUUUAUUCUGUUCGGUGUAUAACUCUUGGAUGAUAUUCAACUGGUUUUUUGUGAAAUCCCAUGCCAAAGAAACCAUUUUAUGAAGUAAGAAAUGUGAGAUGCUUUUUGUGUUGUG